AUGACAACCCUAGGUGCCACCGCUUAUAAAUGCAUUGGUACAUCAACCUCUGUCACACAGCUUCCCACAUACGGUUCUGUUUGCAUGAUGGCGGUGACUGAAGGAGAGACCACAAACAGUCCUAACUGGCUUGAACUUCCAAACGACGUGACAAUAACCAUACUGCAGAAGCUUGAUGCCAUUGAAAUUGUGACGGGUGCAUCUGGAGUGUGCUCUUUGUGGUGGAACAUAUGUAAGGACCCUUCCAUAUGGCGAACCAUUGUCAUGAUCAACCUCCGGAGUUCACCCUAUGAUUUGAAGAAGAUUUGUUGCUUUGCCGUUAGUCGAAGUUGUGGUCUUGUGGAAGACCUUAAUAUUGAGUAUUUUGCCACAGAUGAUCUCCUCUUUCACAUUGCUGAUAGGACAAGUAACCUUCGUCGCUUGUGUCUUGCACAUUGCAAGGAAGUUCCAAAAAAAGGAUUGCUUAAAGUUGUGAAGCAGUGUCCUUUAUUAGAGGAGAUUGAUAUUUCAUUUAGCUGCUUACGUUAUGAUUCUCUUGAAGAUGUUCGCCGGUGUUGCCCUCUUUCGAAAACAUUAAAAUUUAAUUGGGCAUGCAACAAAUUGAAGAUGAUAUCCGUCUCUCCUGAUGACGUUCAGGGUUUUGCUAUAGCAAACACCAUGCCUCAGCUAUGUGUUAUCCCCAAAUUUACGGAUAAUUUCGAGCUAUGUUGCAUAAUUCGAUUCGAUGAUAAAGUCGAAAGUGAGGAGACUCAAGAAAAUUUACCAAGUGUUGAGUGA